AUGAAAGCAGUUUUCAAGUUUUUCUACUUGUUCAACUGUAUCAUUGCUUGUAUUUGUAUCUAUAGUGUCUCGGCUUUGAGUUCAGAUGGAGAAACUCUGUUUUCUCUCUUCAAGAACUUGUCAGUGCCUCUGUCGAUCAAAUCUAGCUGGAAAUCAUCCGAUUUCACUCCCUGUAACUGGAGAGGAAUAGGAUGUGACCCCAAGAACAAUGUGAUAUCUUUGAACAUGUCGAGUCUGGGGAUAUCUGGUACAUUGGGACCUGAGAUUGGCCGUCUGAGGUACCUCAGAACCAUUGAUUUUAGCAACAAUAAUCUCACUGGUUCACUUCCAGCAGAGUUGGGGAGUUGCAGAUAUCUUGAAUAUUUGAAACUUCAUUCAAAUAGUUUCACUGGGGAAAUACCAGGAAGCUGGGACAAUUUGAGGAAUUUGCGGGAAUUCUUCCUUUUUGAAAACUCACUUAGUGGAGAGAUACCUGAAUUCUUGUUCCAGUUUCCAAAUUUGGAAAUUGUAUACCUUACAGACAAUGAGUUCAAUGGUUCAAUCCCAUCAAAUGUAGGGAAUGCAACUGAACUUUUGUUCCUGUAUGUGGAUAAUAAUCAGUUAUCAGGGACUAUAACUCCCUCAAUUGGGAACUGCACUAAAUUGGAAGAGCUUUAUGUGAAUGUUAACCAAUUGGUUGGAGGUUUGCCUGAAAGUCUGAACAAUCUCGAGAACCUCGUUCACUUGUCUGUUCAUAAAAACAGUUUAAGUGGUAGGAUUCCUUUGGGAUCGGGGGGUUGCAAGAGAUUGAAAACCUUGAUUUUAUCUCACAAUCGAUUUAGUGGAGAAAUAAUCCCUUUGGGCUUGGGCAACUGCAGCGGCUUGACGACUUUUACUGCUGUGGACGAUGGCUUGACCGGGCAAAUUCCUGCUUCUCUUGGGUUAUUAACACAGCUUAGAAAUCUUUACCUUUCUGAGAACCAUUUGUCUGGAAAAAUACCACCUGACAUUGGGAACUGUAAAUCAUUGGAAGAGUUAUACUUGAAGCAAAACAAGCUUGAAGGAGAAAUUCCGACUGAAUUGGGGAUCUUGAAAAACUUAAGGCAGCUUCAUUUGUACACCAACCAUUUGACUGGGGAGAUUCCUACAAGUAUUUGGAGGAUAUCAACCCUUGAGGUUCUUCAUGUUUAUAACAACAAUUUGUUUGGAGAAUUACCUUUAGAGAUGACUGAGCUUCGAAACCUGAAAAAUGUUUCAUUGUUCAACAACAAGUUUUCUGGAGUCAUACCUUCAACCUUGGGGACAAACAGUAGCUUAUUGGAGUUGGAUUUCACUAACAACUCGUUUACUGGUGAAAUCCCACCAAACCUUUGCUUUGGGAAACAACUGGAGAUCUUGAAUAUGGGUCGCAAUCUACUUCACGGGAGCAUACCUGCAGAUGUUGGAAGCUGUUCAACCUUAAGAAGAUUGAUUCUUGAAGCCAACAAUCUCACUGGCUCUCUUCCCCCUUUUCUGAAAAACCCAAACCUCUCAUUCAUGGACAUCAGUGGAAAUAACUUAAAUGGGACAAUUCCUUCAAGCUUGGGCAAUUGCACAAAUCUCACAUCAAUUGACUUGUCUAGUAAUAAGUUGACAGGACCUAUACCAAAUGACCUAGGAAACCUUGUCAAUUUAGAGCGUUUGGAAUUAUCUCAUAACCACUUGCAAGGUCCAUUGUCCCUGCAGAUCUCAAAUUGUACCAAACUGUUUUAUCUGAAUUUGGGUUUCAACUCAUUGAAUGAUUCAAUUCCAUCAAGUCUGAGGAACUUGAAACAGUUAAAAAACUUGAUUCUUCUAGAGAAUUUAUUCACUGGGGGAAUUCCAAGUUUCUUGUCAGAAUUUGAUAAGCUUGAGGAGCUACAGAUUGGGGGAAAUCCACUGGGAGGAAAUAUUCCUCCAUCAAUUGGAAAACUACAGAACCUGCACAUUUCUUUGAAUCUCAGUGGUAAUGGAUUGACUGGUCAAAUUCCGUCAGAGAUGGGGAAGUUGACUAUGCUACAAAGAUUGGAUAUUUCUCACAACAAUCUGACUGAAAGUUUAGCCACACUGGAUCAACUACAAUCGCUAGUUGAGGUGAACGUCUCAUAUAAUCUCUUAACUGGUCCAAUACCAGACAUAUUGAUGAAAUUUCUAAAUCCCUCCCAAUCUUCAUUCUUGGGGAAUUCUGGCCUCUGUGUUCAUUGUCAUCCAAGUAGUGCUGCAACUUGUGGUGGUAACAUUUUAAGUCCAUGUCCUCAGCAUCAGUCAAGUGAUUGUAAGAAAGGCCCUGGUAAACUAAAGAUUUCAAUGAUAGCUCUUGGGUCGUCACUAUUCUGUGUUCUGGUGACUCUCUUGUUGAGCUAUGUGCUUUACAGGUGCGGUAGAGAAACACCGGUGUGCAGUAGAGAAACACCGGAUUUUAAAAUCUCUGCCCCUGAAGGUUCAACUGUGUCACUGAACAAGGUGAUGAAGGCGACUGAGAAUCUGAAUGAGAGAUUCAUUAUUGGUAGAGGAGCGCAUGGGACUGUUUACAAGGCAUCGUUGGGUCCAGAGAAGCACUAUGCUGUAAAGAAAUUCACAUUUGCAGGGCCGAAAGGAGCAAAGGAAAGCAUGAUUAGAGAAAUCAAGACUGUUGGGAUGAUCAGGCAUCGGAAUCUUGUGAAAUUUGAAGAGUUCUGGUUAGGAAAGAACUAUGGAUUGAUCAUGUACAAGUACUCAGAGAAUGGAAGCCUUCAUGAUGUAUUACAUGAACAAAAUCCAGCUCCAAUCCUCAAGUGGGAUGUCCGUUAUAGGAUAGCACUGGGAACAGCCCAAGGUUUGGCUUAUCUCCACGACGACUGUGAUCCUCCUAUUGUACACAGAGAUAUCAAACCAAACAACAUACUUUUGGACUCAGAUAUGGAGCCUCAUAUCUCUGAUUUUGGCAUCGCCAAGCUCAUGGAUUGCUCUUCCACUUUGAAUUCAUCCACUACAGUUGCAGGCACCAUUGGAUAUAUUGCACCAGAGACUGCAUAUGCAUUGGGAAAAAGGAAGGAAGCAGAUGUGUACAGCUAUGGUAUUGUCUUGCUUGAGUUAAUAACCCGGAAAAAGGCCUUGGAUACUUCAUUUUCUGAUGAGGUAGACUUGGUGAGUUGGGUUUGCUCAACCUGGGUUGACACAGAAUCCCUACAUGGAAUUGUUGAUCCUAGCCUUAUGGAAGAAUUCAUGGAUAUGGCCAUCAUGGAUGAAGUAAGUGAUGUACUAUUGGUGGCUUUGAAAUGUACAGAAAAGCAUCCAAGUGACAGACCUCCAAUCAGCAAUGUGGUGAAGCUGCUAAUAGAUGCAAGAGUUCGUGGCUGCCGUAAGAGCAAACACUGUAAUUCAUAGAUUCAACUAUCAUGGAAGUAGUU